UACAGCAGUUAAGCUUCCGCUUCUACAUAAAGAUUGAGCAAAAAAAAUUUCUUGCGGCUUCUCUUUCCAACCUUCCGUUCACUGCGUCGCCCACUGCCCUAGCUCUGAUCCCCGCCCUUGCCGACACCAAUCCACCGCCUCCCCCGCUCUCUCGCCUCCAUCCCGAGCCCCGAUCGCCGUGCUCCGUUCCGACCUCCCUCCACUUAUUUCGUCGCCCCUCGUCGUUCCGCUCCCCCGCCGCCGUCGACCUCGCCCUCGCCCUCGCCCUCGCCUAAGGUUGACUUUAUCACCAAAACUGACAAGGCAUUGUACAAAGGGGAUUUUUUGCAACAAACCAAUAAGAACAGGUUCUUACGACUCGUAAGAGCUGAAGUUACCUCACCAGAUUCAAGGCACAUUACAAGUCACGUGCUCAUGUGGGUAUUGUAUCGCCCCUUACCUUGUCCUUUCGGUUUAAGUAUUGAGAAUUAUCAGUCUUGAACUCAGUGCCGCCCAGUCUACAGGUAGCAGAUGGAGCUACAUACAAUAAAAGAUGCAUUUGACCGAGUUGCUAAGAAGCAAAAGCUUUCAUGCUCUAAAACCCUAGAAGUCAUUGACCAGGUUGGGCAAGAGAUAGAACAGGCAAUGGCAAAGAUGCAGUCAACUGAUACUGGUGCAGGCUGCUCCGACCAGAAAUCCAUUCUCUUGGAGCUCAAAACCAAGCUGACUGAAAUUGCCCCAAUGAAUCAACUUGAAGGAUCUCAGAGGGAGCUGAAUGUUGGGCUUGUCAAGUAUGCGAAGAUUCUUGAGAAGUACUUCAAUCCAGACAUAUCCAAGGCAUAUCGGAACAUUGACUUUGACAUCCAUAUAGUAAAUCAAAUCAUUGCGAGUCACUUCUAUCGCCAAGGCCUGUUUGAUCUUGGUGACUGCUUUGUAAGAGAGGCCAAUGAGCAAGACGCUACCACUCUGAAAUCUCCAUUCCUGGAGAUGUAUGGGAUACUUGAUGCUAUGAGGUCUAGGAAUCUUGAACCCGCACUUAAUUGGGCUUCUAAGCGGAGCGAAAGGUUAUUGCAGGAUGGGUCGACCCUCCAACUGAAGCUUCACCAACUGCAGUUUGUGGAAAUGCUACAAAAAGGAAGUCGAAAUGAGGCUCUGAAAUAUGCAAGAACCUACCUGGCUCCAUUUGCUUCAGUGCACAAGGUUGAGAUCCAAAAGCUAAUGGCCUGUCUUCUGUGGGCAGGACGGCUCGACCACUCUCCUUAUGCCGAGUUCUUGUCCCCGACUCACUGGGAGAGGUUGGCUGAGGAGCUCACCCAGCAGUUCUGCAGCCUCUUGGGUCAGUCCUAUGAGAGCCCGCUUAGCGUGGCUAUAGCAGCAGGGAUCCAAGGGUUGCCAACUCUGCUGAAGCUAGCAAGCGUGAUGGCUGCGAAGCAGCAGGAGUGGCAGGCUAUGAAGCAGCUGCCAGUGCCUGUUGAUCUUGGGAGGGAGUUCCAGUUUCAUUCUAUUUUUGUGUGCCCAGUGCUGAGAGAGCAAGGAACCGAUGAGAACCCACCAAUGCUGAUGCCUUGUGGACACGUGCUGUCAAAGCAGUCAAUAGUGAAACUGUCGAAGAGCAGCACACGGCCAUUCAAGUGCCCUUAUUGCCCGCUGGAGGCAUCGGUGGGUCAGUGCAGACAGCUUCACUUCUAAUCAUUGGUUGGGUCAACAUGGCAAGGGUUGCAGCUUGUGUGAUGCAUUCCUAAUGUUAGGCUGUGAUAAUUGAAAUCUAGGCUAUCGUAUGAAAGAUGUAACAUGGUUGUCUCUGGAUAUCUCUUGUAUGUUUGAAAAUCUCCUAAUAUUUAGAGAUUUUCCAGAGCUCUAUCUGGAACUUGGAUAUUAUUAUGUAAAUAUAGACAUGUUCAUGUUUCAUUUUUUUUAAUCAAUAUCUUGAAAGUUUCUUUCUUUAUA